UGCUGUCAAUCCGCCCAGGUAGGAGCGAUGAUUGGCCACAGGGCGCGCUCUCCAGAGAGCCCGGGCACGCGUAGGCUGCGAGCUCCGGGUGGGAGGGGCACGGCCCCGCGUUUGGAGCCGCCGCGGUCCAGUCCUUCUGCCUGCCCGCCUGUUCGCUAGUCCCUCCUGCCGCCCGCCUGCUGGGCAGGGCCGGCCCGGCCCGGCCCGGCCAUGGAGUCCUACGAUAUCAUCGCCAACCAGCCCGUGGUCAUCGACAACGGUUCGGGAGUGAUCAAGGCUGGCUUUGCAGGAGACCAGAUUCCCAAAUACUGUUUCCCAAACUAUGUCGGGCGCCCUAAGCACAUGCGGGUGAUGGCUGGAGCCUUGGAAGGGGACCUCUUCAUGGGACCAAAAGCAGAGGAGCACCGGGGGCUUCUGGCCCUGCGCCACCCCAUGGAGCACGGCGUUGUGCGGGACUGGAAUGACAUGGAGCGCAUCUGGCAGUAUGUCUACUCCAAGGACCAGCUGCAGACCUUCUCCGAGGAGCAUCCUGUCCUUCUAACGGAAGCCCCGCUCAACCCAAGUAAGAACCGGGAGAAGGCGGCAGAGGUGUUUUUUGAGACCUUCAACGUGCCAGCCCUGUUUAUCUCCAUGCAGGCCGUGCUCAGCCUGUACGCAACAGGACGCACAACAGGAGUGGUCUUAGAUUCAGGGGACGGGGUCACCCAUGCUGUUCCCAUCUACGAGGGCUUUGCCAUGCCGCAUUCCAUCAUGCGGGUGGACAUUGCCGGCCGCGACGUCUCCCGCUAUCUCCGGCUGCUGCUGCGCAAGGAAGGCGUUGACUUUCACACCUCAGCUGAGUUUGAGGUUGUCCGAACCAUCAAAGAGCGGGCCUGCUACCUGUCCAUCAACCCACAGAAGGAUGAGGCUCUGGAGACAGAGAAGGUGCAGUAUACUUUGCCGGAUGGCAGCAUACUCGACGUGGGGCCAGCACGAUUCCGGGCCCCUGAGCUGCUGUUCCAGCCGGACCUGGUGGGGGACGAGAGUGAGGGGCUCCAUGAGGUGCUGGCUUUUGCCAUCCACAAGUCCGACCUGGACCUCCGCCGGACACUGUUCGCCAACAUUGUGCUUUCAGGCGGCUCCACGCUGUUCAAAGGCUUUGGGGACCGAUUACUAAGUGAAGUGAAGAAGCUUGCACCAAAGGAUGUCAAAAUCAAGAUCUCGGCCCCCCAGGAACGGCUGUACUCCACAUGGAUCGGUGGCUCCAUCCUGGCCUCACUGGACACUUUCAAGAAGAUGUGGGUCUCCAAGAAGGAGUACGAGGAGGAUGGCGCCCGUGCUAUUCAUCGUAAAACCUUCUAGCGCCCAAGGAGAAAGGCAGUGUGCUGGGCGAGUGGGAAGAAAGGGGCCAGAGCCCCAACCCUGUCUGGUCUGGGCCCACAUACACCAGGCCCAGGGUUCCCUGUGUGCCCUGAACCCCGGGAAGGCGGUACAGCAUCUUCCCUGCAGCCCUCCCCUUUGCACACACACGCACACACAGUAACGUUUAGCUGCAUGGGUGGGGGUCUUGAGCUGGAACAUAGAAAUUGAUGUGCCCAGCCAUAGGUGGUUCUGGGUGUCCCUUUGGCAGGGCCAGUUAGGGCUACGGUUCCUGGCUCUGAUCCUUGGGGCUGCUUCUUCCCCAGGCUCCAAGGCUUGACCCCCGAAUGCCCCCGUUUCCUCUGACAGGGUCCCUCCCAGGACGAGGGCACCCGGGUGCCUGUGUAAUUAGCCUUGGGGAGUGGGAUAGAGGAGAAGGUGUCCAGCAGCUCCCCACUGGUGCAUCCUUGCUUCUCGUGCCAUCUCAUCUUCCUGACCCGACAGAGUAGCACAGAGGGCCAGCCACUCCUGGCAUAACUGGCCUCCCACACUGUCCCCCUCAUCUUCCUGAGUGGAUGUCUUUGUGUAGGCUGAGUACUGAGCAGUCUGCUGUCCCCAGUGAGGGGGUCUGACAUAGGGUUGCACCCCCUGGAGCCAGGGCAGCAGAUGCUUGGGGUUUGGACAGCCAGUCUGUUGCGCUGUCCCUUUCACAGUGCUUCACUGCCUUGCUUCUCCCCUGUCCUUUACCCUGGGCAAGCGUUAGUGGUCUUCCCUUGUUGAGAGUCAGACCCAGAGGGGUGAGGGGAAAGAUCUCCUGUCCCACCUCACCCACUGGGAGGGUCAUUACCCUGGGCCAGGGCCCCUCCCCGUCCCAGGUAUGUACAAUAAUUUAACACAGUUGCCUGAAGAAAACUUUUUUGUAAAUCAUUAUAGUAAUAAUUAUCAACAAGGUCCUG